AUGGCUCUCAAUAUCCCAAAAACAACCAAGCAGUGGACCGUCGAGGGCUUUGAAGGGCCCGCCUCCCUGAAGUUCGGGGAGGGCCCUGUUCCCACGCUCAAGGACAAUGAAGUCCUGGUCCAGAUCAAGGGCGCCACUCUCAACCCCCGCGACCUCCUAAUAUCCCAAGGCCAAUACCCCUGGACCGUAAAACCCCGCAUAAUCCCCGGCUCCGACGGUGCAGGCAUCGUCCUCGCAACCGGUCCCGCCAUCACACGGAUCAAACCAGGCGACCGGGUAAUCACGACGCUGAACCAGAGGCACAUCUCCGGGUCAUUGACCAAAGACAUCGCCCUGGACUAUGGGACCGGGGCCUCGCUUGACGGCGCGUUCCGCGAGGUCGGCGCGUUCGAUGAGCAGGCUCUUGUGUCGAUGCCGAGUGGUUUGACCUUUGUCGAGGCGGCAGCGUUGACGUGUGCGGGCGUGACGGCGUGGAAUGCGCUUUUUGGCGGGGGAAGGAAAAUCGUACGUGAUGGAGCUUGGGUGCUUACGCAGGGGACUGGCAGCGUCAGCCUCUUCGCGCUCCAAUUCGCCAAAGCCGCUGGCGCCCGCGUCAUCGCAACCACAAGCUCAUCAUCCAAAAUCCCUCUCCUGCAAUCGCUCGGCGCAGACCACGUCAUCAACUACCGCGAAACGCCCAACUGGGGCGCAUACGCAAAAGAACUCACCGGCGGGACUGGCGUCGAUCUCGUCGUAGAAGUCGCGGGCCCGACGACACUGCGACAAAGCGCGGAGAGUGUCAAGCUCGAUGGACAGAUUAGCGUCGUUGGGUUUAUUGGUGGUCAGGGGAACGGGGACCGCCAUGCGCAGACGUCGGUGCCGAGUUUGUUGGAGACGUGGUUGAAUCUGUAUACGGUGAGGGGCGUUUGGGUGGGGAGUCGCGAGCAGAUGGAGGAGAUGUGUCGGGCUGUGGAGGCGAGUGGGAUCAGGCCUGUGAUCGAUGAGAGGGUCUUUAAGCUGGAGGAGUUGAAGGAGGCGUAUGGAUACUUGGCUGAGGGGCGCAAUGUGGGCAAGAUUGGGAUGGAGAUUUGA